CUUCAAUGUCUUGUCACAUGCGCCUGUAGUCAAGUAGUAUAGAAAGGGCUUCUGUGAACUUUGGACAACAGCCAUCACUUGGCAAACAACCUCUUCCACUCGUUGGCUCCUUGGCCAAACUCCCAAUUCGUCCCAAUUCCCGUAGCGGAACCUCGGCAUCGCCAACUCACCCACCACCAACGGCGGCAACGACCGACCAGCGGUUUUCCCUGGUUAGAGGUACUUAACCUCCUUGGCAACACCUCGACUCAGACAUCAUCAUGGUCUCCCUUCCUCUCUUUAAGCUUGCCGCCCUCUUUGUGCGGCAUAUCUCCAAGUAUGGCGCCAACCACAUCAAGCACCAAGCCCAUGAACACCCCAAAUUCCGCGCCUUCGCCGCCAAGUAUGGCCAGAUGAUGCACCAGCUCAACAUGCGCUUGUCCGUCCUCGCCCUUCGAAACUCCGACGCCGAGCUGCGCGCAAAGGAAGCCAAAGAGAAAGCCGAGGCGCCCACCGUCAAGACAGAAGAGCAAGUGCGCAAAGAGUUGGAACUCAAAGCCAAGUACGGCGUCAUACCAAAGGAGUCGCAUGCCGUCAGGGAGCCGCCCAAGAGCAUAUGGAAGCGCAAGUUCAGGCCCUUGCCCGAGCCCAAGGCCGUCGACCUAUUUGCCGAUGUCAUCGGGGAUGCCUUUAUCUUGACCAUUGCCAGCGCCCUGCUGCUGUACGAGUACUAUCGGUCCUCGUCAAAGCCCGAUCCGAACGUGCAGAGGAUAAAGGAUUUGGAGAAGCAGUUGGAGGAAGGAAAGAAGAGGGAGGACGAGUUCUUCAAGAGGGACGAGGAGAGGCAGGCGAGGUUGCAGGCUAUUGAGGAUGCGCUGAGGGCAUACAAGGACCCAAGAACCAAGAAGCCCAUCUAUCCGCCGUCAGUGGCAGGCUCUGCAGAUGAGUCGGACGAGGGCUUUGUUCUUACGAGGGUAUUCUCGGGACUGACCGGGAAGUUGGGCUUCUAAAUGCGACUUGAUGACACGCCAAGAUCCUUCUUACACCCGUUGUUCCCAGCAACCCUCGAUGUUGAAGGACGGACCAUGGAGAAAGACGCACCCGGAUCCUCUUGCGCUCCAGGCAACACGGCCGAGACAAAGGGAGAAGCAACGGUCAGAAGGCCUCGGAAAUAAUCAGCAGUUUCGCAUCACGUUGGACACGGCAGGCACGGCGGACCACAAUACAGGAGGAGCAUCUUAGACAGCAUACCAGAUACCUACAGUACUUAAAGCUAGACGAUACCCUUUUCAUUGGAUAACAAACCACACCACUCUUCAUCUC